UUAAUCGAAGCUUGUUUUGUCUGCAGGUGUGACGGCUGCCAGAUGUUUCCUAUAAACGGCCCCAGGUUCAAAUGCAGGAACUGCGACGACUUCGACUUCUGUGAAAACUGCUUUAAGACCCGCAAACACAACACCAGGCAUUCCUUCAGCAGAAUCAACGAGCCAGGCCAGUCUCCAGGUUUCUGCGGCCGCUCAGGGAAGCAGCUGAAGAAGCAUCACAACAGCCAGCGCGGGAUGCUGAUCGACGAUUGGUCGCGAGCUGUGAAGAGCCUGAACGUCUCGUCCUCCGUGAACCAGGUCUCGCGCCUCAUCGACAGCACCGAUCAGUGCUGGCAGUCCUCCGGAUCGCAGGGAAAGCACUGGAUCCGUAUGGAGCUGUUUCCAGAUGUUCUGGUACACAGGCUGAAGAUGGUGGUGGAUCCAGCGGACAGCAGCUACAUGCCCUCACUAGUGGUGGUGUCAGGUGGAAGCUCUUUGAACAACCUAAUUGAGCUGAAGACGAUUAACAUCAAUCCGACAGACACCGCCAUCCUGGUCCUGAGUGACUGCACUGAGUAUCACAGAUACAUCGAGGUCGCCAUCAAGCAGUGCCGCAGCUCGGGGAUCGACUGUAAGAUCCACAGCCUGGGCAUCGUGGGACGCAUCAGAGCGGAGGAUGAAGACCUGGCCACCGUGCCCUUCCUCGCAUCGGACAACGAAGAGGAGGACGACGACAAAACUGCUACCGGGAGGUGAGUUGUGUG